AUGUCGCUUCGUUUCAUCGAAUCUGUAACUGGUGUUGGACUCUUGGCCCAUGCGAUCUAUCAAUUCCAAUUUAAUCCAUCUUGGUAUGUGUACAGUCCGAUAUAUGGUCUCGCAGCGAUUCUGGCAUUUAUUCAACUUCCACAGAAUUCAGUCUGGCGACUACUUUCCGCGGUUUCCGUGAUCUCGGGUGGAGCUUUGAGCGCGUUUUUGCUAUGGACAUUUUUAACAAUCGACUCCACACCUUCUUUGGAUUUGGAAGAAGCCAAGAAUUUAUUACCGGUGAGUCUAUCUAUUUCUAGCACUAAAUUAUCUGAUGUUUUUAGGUUGCUCUUGGUGCAUUUUUGUCAACAUUCAUUCGAAUUAGUAGCGAUGAGACAACUCGACCAGUGCAUUAUGUUAGAAAUUUUAUUUUGACCUCGGUGCUCUUAAUUUCCGCCGUUUCAUUGUUAUUUUCGAUUAAAUAUUUGUGA